AUGAAACGCGACUCUCUCCCGAUCGAGUCGUUGCCUGCCUGGCUGCGAUUCAACGGAAUUAAAGCCAAUGGAGUCGCAUUCCAGAAAGUCGUGUCCGCCAGGGGCUCUGGAAUUGUCGCAACGCAAGAUCAAAUGAGCAGCGAUAAUGAGACAGAACCCCCGAUUUUACUGGAGAUCCCAUCCGAUCUGAUUCUGUCGUUGGAGACGGUGCAUAAUUAUGCCAAGUCCGAUCGAUAUCUGCGCGAGGUACUUGAGGCGGUUGGCCAUUUUGGGAGGACCGCGAGAGGUGCCAUAAUGAUAUUUCUGCUGGUGCAAAUAACACAUUCCAGUCCAGAUUAUCAGGACAAAGUUGGAGUCUCCAGUCCCUGGACCGAAUAUAUCAAGUUCCUUCCGUCUUCUUUUCCGCUUCCUACAUUUUACACGGCCGAAGAACAAAUGUUGUUGAGAGGGACGUCACUGGAAGCUGCUGUGGAGGCCAAGAUUGCCUCCCUGGAACGGGAGUUUGAGCAUAUCCUUCAAUCCACGGACGGUAUUGUAUGGUGCCAACAGAGGUGGUGGGCCGUCGACACAGGCAAGUUGACAAUAGAUGAUUGGAAAUAUGUUGAUGCGGCGUAUCGCUCGCGCAUGGUGGAUCUUCCAGGUAGCGGACUUGCGAUGGUGCCAUGCAUUGACAUGGCCAACCAUGUGUUUGGUGACGCGGUCAAUGCGAGAUAUGAUCAAGACUCGGAUGGAGCCGCUGUUCUUCAGCUACGGUCGGGGAAGAGUCUACAUAUUGGCGACGAGCUGACUAUCUCAUACGGCGAUGAGAAGCCUGCAUCGGAGAUGAUCUUCUCGUAUGGAUUCUUGGAGGACGAUCGAACAGAGGCGAAAGAGGUCUUUCUGGGCCUUGAAGUUCCAGACGACGACCCUCUCGGUGCCGCUAAGAAGAUGUUCUGCCGUGAGGCACCAGGCAUUCGGAUAUUUACCGAAUCCGAGACUCCAAGCCAUAUUACUUGGGACAGUACUCUUAUAUGGUGGGCAUGUGUGAACGAGGAAGAUGGACUUCACAUAGAUGUUGCCCAGACCACAGACGGACAGCGAGAACUGGAAACCAGUUGGAAAGGCACGAAAAUUCAAGAACCUACCCACCUCCGGGAGCUCCUAGCGGCUGAUCCCUCGUGGGACAUUUUCCAACUUCGGGCCAUUGUCUUGCUUCUCCAGCGGCUACAAACCCAGCUCGCUGUUAUGCAGGAAACUGAGGAGAUCAUAUCUACUCUUCGCGAUAAAAACCCCACUUUUGAAACGAUAUUUCGGCCGGAAGUUCUGGGUCUUGUUUCACGGCUCCGGGAUCUGGAGGCUGGUUUGCUUCAAGGGGAGGUUGAGAUUCUUACGAAUCAGCAAAACACGCUGCUGGAAUCUGACACGGUGCUGGCCUAUCUGAACCAACAGUCCCAAGACGCAGACGAGGCAGAUGACUUCUCAUGA